AACUAUGAAACAAAUUAUCAGUCAUAUUAUGUCAUUAGUCGAGUUAGUCACGUUUGUUGUCAACAUCUAUUAAGCUGUUGGCUCUCGUCAAUCGCCAAUUUAAAUUCGACGAAAGCACAAGUAAAAGGUACGCCGAAAUAUUAUAAGACGCGACUGCGCCGCCACUCCUAAUCCCGGCAGUUCGUGUGCUGGAGUGACUGAGCAGGGUUUAGCCGAUCGAUCGAUCAUCGUCCUCCGGAAACGCCGUCAUCGUCAUGCAGGACUCACGGUCCACGAAUAUCCAUUACACCUCCCACACGUCAAACUAUUCGUUCACGUUGUUCAAGGAAUUGACCGCUUCCGCCGAGGGCAAUGUGUUCGUAUCAACGUACAGCGUACAAUUUCUGUUGCUGCUCCUGGCGUUCGGUUCCAAGUCAAAGACCGGCGAUCAACUCAAAACGCUGCUGCGUUUGCCGCAAAAGAGUGCACCGAAUUACGACAAUAUCAAGGCGGUCAUAACAAACAUUGAAGACCCUAAUUAUUUAACCAUUGCCAAUGGAGUUUUCUCGGAUAAGGCGUUCGUUUUAAGAGACGAUUAUGUGGAUAAGGCUCGUGUCUAUAUGAAUGCUGAAGUGAGGAGUCUCGAUUUUGCCGGUAAUUCUGCAAACGCAGUUUCGGAAAUCAAUAAUUGGUCUGAACAAAAAACCGAUGGAAAAAUUUCAAAUAUUUUUGAACCCGGUACCAUUGACCGAGACACGGUAUUGGUUUUGGCGUCAGCUGUACACUUUCAAAACGUGUGGAAAAACCAAUUUACGGAUACGAAGAACGCGAGUUUCUGCCUCACACCUAAAAAGCAUAUCGAUAUUGAAAUGAUGCACCAAACAGGCCAUUUCAGGUACUACAAAGACGAGAGUUACAAGUUCUCCGCCGUCGAACUGCCAUACAAAGCUGGCGGUUUUGAGAUGCUGAUUAUAUUGCCGGACAGAGCUGAUGGGUUGAAAGAUUUGGAAAGCGCGUUCUUGAAGAACUCCAAAAACUUCGCUUACUUGCAAGGCAACCUGACCGUCCACGAUGUCACAUUGGAUCUACCAAAGUUUAAGUUCGAAUCAUCUGUUAGUCUAGUGAAAACAAUGGAAAAAUUGGGCUGUACCGAGAUGUUCACGUCGAGUGCCGAUUUCUCUUAUAUUAGUACAUCUGGAGCGGGUAAGCUGAAAGUUAGUGACAUCAAACAUAAGGCCUUUGUGAGCAUCGACGAAAAUGGCACUGAAGCCGCAGGCGUCACUGGCGUAGACGUCGUGAAUUACAAUUUGGAAUACUUUCCGAGCGACAUCAAGGCAGUUAAGUUCCACGCGUGCCAUCCGUUCAUGUUCAUUAUAAAAAAAAACACAAAUAUUAUUUUUAUGGGCCGAUUGUCCAAUCCGAACGCUUAUUUUUCAUUGAUUCAAAGUGAUUCAAAAUUUUAUAAAAAUCAUUAUAAUAUAAUAUACCUAUUCGCGGAUCGAGUUGUUGUCUCGAGCCACGCAAUGGGGACCAUACCGAACAUCCAUUACACAACACUAACGUCAAACUAUUCGUUCACAUUGUUCAAGGAACUCAGCAGUUCCGUCGAAGGCAAUGUUUUCGCGUCCACGUACAGCAUACAAUUUCUGUUGCUGCUUCUGGCUAUUGGAUCAAAAUCUAAGACUAGCCAACAGCUCAAAAGUGUUUUAUAUCUCAAUGACAAACCACCAAAAUAUGAAAAUAUCAAAACGAUCAUCACAAGGAUUGAAAUCCCGGGUUAUUUGACCGUUGCAAAUGGAAUUUUCUCGGAUAAAGCAUUCAGUCUAAACACAAAUUACGUGAAAAAUGUUCAAAACUACUUGAAUUCUGAAGUGAGAACUGUCGAUUUUUCUGGUAAUCCUACAUCCGGGGAGUUAGAGAUAAAUAAAUGGGUUAAUAACAAAACCAAUGGGAAAAUUUCUGAAAUUAUCAAUCCAGGUGACAUUAGCAAGGACACAUUGUUAGUUUUGGCGUCGGCCGUACACUUUAAGAACGUUUGGAAACAACCAUUUACAGAGACGAAGAAAGCGAGCUUUUGCCUUUCAGCUACGGACCACAUUGAUAUUCAAAUGUUGCAUCAAACUGGUCAUUUCAAAUACCACAAGGAUAAAUAUUACAAGUUCUCAGCCGUUGAAAUACCGUAUAAAGUUGGCGGUUAUGAUAUGCUGAUCAUAUUGCCUGAUAAAAUGGACGCAGUUAAAGACUUAGAAAAGGUGUUCUUUAAUAAUGCUAGAAACUACGUGUACUUGCUGGGAAACAUGACCAUCCACAACGUCGAGUUGGACAUACCAAAGUUUAAGUUUGAAUCCGAUUUGAAUCUUAGAAAUACUAUGGAAAAAUUGGGUUGCACUGACAUGUUCUCGCCGCGUGCAGAUUUCUCCGAGCUCAGCGAAUCAGCUUCUGGCAAGUUGAGGGUCAGCAGUAUGAAACACAAGUCUUUUGUGGACGUCAACGAAGAAGGCACGGAAGCUGCUGCAGUCACUGGUGCCAACAUUGAUAACUACAAUACGGAAUACGUUUUUACCGAUGUCAAAAACGUUAAGUUCUAUGCAUGUCACCCUUUCUUGUUCAUCAUCAAGAAAGAAAAAGAUAUAGUUUUCAUGGGUAGACUAUCCAACCCGAACGCGUAGAGCGCAAUAUUAAUAUCACAAUGCUGCAGUGAUAUGUAUAAUAAUGAGAGACUUGUAUACCUAGAGAUAAGAUUUCUAUGUUUGUUAUUAUAUCGAUAGUUAUAAUGACGAACGUAAUUUUUAUAAAAUUUAUUUUUUUAAACAAUUAUAAUGCAGAAUGAAAAAUACAAAAACAUAUUUUGUGUAUUAUAAAUAUUAAAACAUAUUAUAUAAUGUAA